AGCAAGUGGUGUUCGUAAGCUAGAAGUUAGCUAGUUAGGUUAGCUAUCUGCUUUACCUCCGACUUAAACGGCUACUUGGCGAUAUUGGGAAACAAAUAAGCUGUGUAUUUUUUAUUUUUAUAUCUGUUUCUGCCUUGCUACUUGAAUAGGUAUGGUCGAUAUCCUUGGUAUCGUUUUUAAACAGUUUAGUUCACAACUCCAUGUAUCCAGUAACAUAAAAGUGUCUUCUUUGGAGAAUGGCGUUUUGGUCAUAGGAGAUGAAAACAUCAACAGAUCCCUGUUGUUCCUGGCAGCUGUAACAGCAGCUUCAGAAUUAGGAGUCAAAGUACUGUUUUUCACUCGAAGCCAGAUUCAGAGCCUUCCAGUUACCUUCCAGGGAUCCGCCUCCAGUGGCCUGAAGCCUGACUAUCUGAAGAAAAUUAGAUUUGUAUACCCCAAGACCUUAGAGGAUCUGCUGGAUGAUGUGGCAUCCCUUCAUGAGCUGGUGGUGGAGGCUGCAGCGCUCCCUUCCUUGGUCAUCGUGGACGGUUUGGAGCGGUACAUAUGCGGCCCAGCAGCGCAGAACAGGCCCCAGCAGGAAACUCAAAACGCAGCAGCUCAUGUGGUGGCCCUUCUGCAUGACACGGCUGCUUUCCUCACCCGGAACCUGGAGGCAAGAUCAGGGAACGAGGCCCAGUGCAGGGUCAUCGUCUCCAUACAGCCUGAAUGGAAAGGUGUAGGAGGGUGUGACCUGUUAACAUCGGACCCCCUCCUUUUGGUCUUGGAGCGCUACCUGCAGGUGAGGUGCACCUCAGAAAAGUUGAGGAUGGGUGAGGAGCCAAAUAAGUGGCUUCUCUGUCUCUCGGGUCCAGGGCUGCAGGUUGAUGGGGAUAAUAACGCAGAGGAACAACUGCGGUGGCAUGUAGUGCUGCAGCCUAAUGGGGCACUGGAGUUCUGUCCAGUCAGUCCAGAACAAGGGGAGACACCACAGGGACAAAACCCUGUGGAAGUGAACAAUGAGACACAGAGAGUUUAAACAUGCAUGUGCCGCUCGCAAUCACAGAUUCCUAAUAAGAAACCAACCAUUGAAAAGUACACAGAUGUGUUCUCUUUUUAUAAACUAUGCACUUUAUUUUUGUUCUCCCUUGCAUUACAGAUUGCAAAAAUAAAGUUGAUAAAAAACAACUAUAUGCCAAAAACAUGAAAGAAAAUAUGUAGAACAUUGCUUGUUUUAAAUAUUUGGGAUUACAGGUUUAUAAAGUAAAAAAUACAUUCUAAUGUAAGUUUAGUAAUGUAUAUUAAAAUACAUUUUGAAAUGUAACAUUUUGCUUUAUAUAAUAAAGCAUAUAUUAUUUCAAUGCUUUUCAGAUAAGAUAUCUGUUCAAAUCUUUAUACAAACACGCCACAACCAUAGGGGUGGGCAACAUGGCAAAAAUAUAACAUCACAAUACUUGAGAAUUUUCAUGAUACAUAUCGCAAUGUUUCUUUUUUCUAAGAUUGGAACAGAAAAAGCACCAGUAUUGCAAAAUUUUAAAAAAUGUAUUUUUUUAAAAUACAAAACAAUGUUUACUUUUCACAUAAACACUGGAC